CGCCUGAAGCUGCUCCUGCUCGGUCAGGAUCUCUCGGUUUCUCCGGGGGGAAAGUUUGGAUAGAAGCGACACAACCAGAGAACAUCUUAUUAUAAUUCAACCUGCUUUUCUCCACACUCUCAGACCCGGUGUAGCGAACACAACAGCGGACUUUAUCUGGGUUUUGUUGGUUUCAUUUCAGCCUUUCAGCGGCACCAGCUGGAUUACUUUACCGAGCAUUUCUCCUCGGUUUGCCCGCAGAUGGAAGCGGAAAAGCCGCCCUGUUCUCAGAGAUGCUUCCAGUGAAACCAGAGAAGAGAAACGGCAGUGUCUCCCAGUAGGAGCCCUGAGGAUCUAAAACUUCUUAAAGUUGACUCUCUGAGGAUCCUGAGCUUUAACUCCAUGGAUUUCCUGCUUUCUUUGUACCUCAGAGAUGCUUCUUUCUGGAUUCUAUCUGUGGGAAAUGUGAACUAAAAUCUCUCGUUUGACGAACAAAAACCAUCACUUUUUUUGUUGGAUGUCGUUCACCUGCGACUCCUUCCUCCCACCUGGAUGUCGUCACAGAUAGCAGAAGAGACACACAAAGAAAUGUCGACGGAUAACUUCCCUCCUCCGCCGCCGUUAGCGCCGCCGUUAGCUUCCCUGCGGCUCUUCCCUCAUCCCACCGCCCCCCCCACACCCUCGCCCUCUCCCAGUCCUCCCACUACGCUCUGCACACAGCACUCUAACAGCAGCCAAUCAGCUCGCAGUCCCUCCGUCUCCCGAGGCUCGUCCAUCCACGGCAUUUCCUUCCUGCUUCAGAUCGGACUCACGAGAGAGAGCGUGACCUUUGACCCCGCCGACCAAUCACUGAGCGCCGUGCGAGAGCUCGUCUGCUCCAUCGUGGAUAAAAAGUUCCCUGAAUGUGGGUUUUUUGGGAUGUUCGAUAAGAUCCUUCUCUUCCGUCACGACCUGACCUCGGAGAACAUUCUUCAGAGACUGAGCUCAGCGGAGGAGAUCCAGGAAGGAGACCUGGUGGAGGUGGUGCUGUCGGCUCUCGCCACAGCGGAGGAUUUCCAGAUCCGACCUCACGCUCUCUACGUUCACUCCUACAAAGCUCCAGCUUUCUGUGACGACUGUGGAGAAAUGUUGUGGGGACUCGUCAGGCAGGGCCUCAAGUGUGAAGGAUGUGGACUGAACUACCAUAAGAGAUGUGCGUUCAAGAUCCCCAACAACUGCAGCGGGGCGAAGAAGAGACGUCUGUCCAACGUGUCGCUGCCGGGAAGCGUCCUGUCCGUCGCUCGCCGUCCGUCCAACGAGUUACCCCCCACUCCUCAGGAGGAGCGCCCCCUGCUGGGCGCAGUGAAGCGGGACUCCCUGCUGAGCGGGCGUCCCAUCUGGAUGGAGAAGAUGGUUCUGGGCCGGGUCAAAGUGCCGCACACCUUCUCCGUGCACACCUACACCCGGCCCACCAUCUGCCAGCUCUGCAAGAGGCUGCUGAAGGGGCUCUUCAGGCAGGGCAUGCAGUGCAAAGAUUGUAAAUUUAACUGCCAUAAGAGAUGUGCGGCGAAAGUUCCUCGAGACUGCCUCGGGGAGGUGGACUUCAACGGAGAGCCAGCGAGUCUCAGUCUGGACUCGGAGGCGACGAUGGAGGUGGACAACAGCGAUGCUAACAGCGAUGCUAACAGCGAUGCUAACAGCGAACACAGCCUCGACGAGACGGACGACAAGCUGUUCUUCAUCGAGGGAAACUGCACCGACGGAGAGAAAGACGACGAGACCAUCAGAGCCUUCAGUCCGUCCACCAGCACCAACAUCCCUCUGAUGCGAUUGGUUCAGUCGAUCAAACACACCAAGAGGAAAAGCUCCACGAUGGUGAAGGAGGGCUGGAUGGUUCAUUACACCAGCCACGACAACCUGAGGAAGAGGCAUUACUGGAGGCUGGACAGCAAGACUCUGACUCUGUUCCAGAACGAAAGUGGAGCCAAGUAUUACAAGGAGAUCCCUCUGUCUGAGAUCCUGCAGGUGGAGUGUGCGCAGGACUUUGUGAACUUGCCUCCAGGCGGGAACCCUCACUGCUUCGAGGUGAUCACGGGGAACAUGGUGUACUACGUGGGGGAGAAUCUGGGAGAGAAGCAUCCCAACACGGCGCUGAUGGCGUCCGGAUGGGAGAAAGCCGUCCGACAGGCCAUGAUGCCCGUCACCCCCAAAGCCAGCGGGCAGGGCAAGGAGCACAAAGAAGUCUCUAUCAGCAUAUCAGUGUCAAACUCCCAGAUACAGGAAAAUGUGGACAUCAGCUCAGUUUAUCAGAUCUUUGCCGACGAAGUCCUCGGAUCCGGACAGUUUGGGAUCGUCUACGGAGGUAAACACAGAAAGACGGGCAGAGACGUGGCGAUUAAAAUCAUCGACAAAAUGAGAUUUCCAACCAAACAGGAGAGCCAGCUGAGGAACGAGGUCGCCAUCCUGCAGAACCUGCACCACCCGGGCAUCGUGAACCUGGAGUGCAUGUUCGAGACCCCGGAGCAGGUGUUCGUUGUGAUGGAGAAGCUGCACGGAGACAUGCUGGAGACCAUCCUGUCCAGUGAGAAGAGCCGGCUCCCUGAACGCAUCACCAAGUUCCUGGUCACGCAGAUCCUCGUGGCCCUCAGACAUCUUCACUUCAAGAACGUCGUGCACUGUGACCUGAAGCCGGAGAACGUCCUCUUGACUUCAGCAGAACCUUUCCCUCAGGUGAAGCUGUGUGACUUCGGUUUCGCUCGGAUCAUCGGAGAGAAGUCGUUCCGGCGCUCGGUGGUCGGCACGCCGGCGUACCUGGCUCCCGAGGUUCUGCGGAGCAAAGGUUACAACCGCUCUCUGGACAUGUGGUCGGUGGGCGUCAUCGUGUACGUCAGCCUCAGCGGGACGUUCCCCUUCAACGAGGACGAGGACAUCAACGACCAGAUCCAAAACGCUGCCUUCAUGUAUCCAUCGAACCCCUGGAAGCAGAUCUCAGAGCAGGCCCAGGACCUGAUCAACAACCUGCUGCAAGUGAAGAUGAGGAAGCGCUACAGCGUGGACAAAUCUCUGAGCCACCCCUGGCUGCAGGACUAUCAGACCUGGAUGGACCUCAGAGAGUUCGAGACGCGUCUGGGCGAGCGCUACAUCACGCACGAGAGCGACGACGCUCGCUGGGAGGAACACGCAGACGAGAGAAACCUUCAUUACCCAAAACACUUCAUCAUGUCCCGAAACCUGGACGACAUGGACGAGGAUCCCUGAACAUUGUUUCCUAUAAGGACACAUGGACUCAGGCAGCUGAGAAACGACACUGUGACAAUCAUUCAGGUCUAGAGAGCUUUUAUUUUUAACACAUUUUACAGCGUUUGUUUUUUUUACAUCCUUGUUGUUCAACUGCUCAUUUUAUAUUCAUAGCACGAUGAGUCCUAAAACCCGGAUGUGAGUCAGCAUUUCACCACUUCCUGUUCCCUCGUCUCAAAGCCAACGGGUUUUUUGAACACAUUUUAGGAAAAUAUCUGUAAAUAAGGUCUGUGAUUGAGACACAUUGAAGAGACGGGUCACGUUUUGUUCAAGGACAUUAAAUCCAUCAGCAGUGACCCCACUGGUGAUU